AUGUCUCUAUUACCUGUUACCAAAGAGAUCCCGAUAUAUUUCCUUAAAACAAAAUCAACUCCUCAUGAUGGCUACGAGGAGCACUUUUCGCCGUCCAAGGGCUUCAAGCCGUGUUUCAUCCCGGUCUUGGAACACAAAUUAAACCACAAUAACCUACAAAAGGUGAAAGACUUGAUCCUCUCGGGUGCCGUGGCUAAACAGUAUGGUGGAAUAAUAUUCACUAGCCAGAGGGCAGUUGAAGGAUUCUCUCGGAUGGUACAGGAUGAGGUAGGGAGCGAAGAGGCAGGCACCGGAGAGAAACUCUCUGGCCUAAUUCUCGCCCAUUAUAACGGUCUACAGCGGAAUACAUCAGAUGAAAAUGGGCCUUCGGGGGGUAUAAGGGAAAAGCUACCUCUUCUUUUCCUUGUUGGCGAACAGCAUCGUGAUAUAAUACCGAAGACACUCAUGUCGCCGUCUCUAGACGAAGAAGAGCGCAUCGGAGUUGCUACGAUGGUUGUCUAUGAGACCGGAGUCAUGGAGAGCUUUGGGCAGGAUUUUCUAGCAGCUCUUGAGAUGGAGGAACGGGCUGAUAAGGCCAAUAUAUCUGCGGGAAAUACCAGUCUGCAUAAACAGUUAAUAUGGGUUGUGGUAUUCUCACCUUCAGGGUGUAAGGUAAUGCUGCAACAUUUAGGACUCCUAGAGGAAGAUCAGCCAGAAGACCAUACGUCUUCAGUACAGGCCCCUGGAAAGAAGAGGACACCGAGCAGGUGGUCAAGGUUUGACUAUCGAAUUGCAACCAUUGGGCCGACUACGAGGGACCAUUUGGUCUCCAAUUUUGGGGUCCAACCGGACGUAUGUGCUGAGAAGCCUUCCCCUGGCGGCCUGUGGGAGGGAAUUGAGCCUAUUAUAGAAGAGUGGAAAAGGUCUAGAGAGCAAGACAGAUAA